CUCCCGCCGGCGGAGGUAACGGUCGCGCCGCGCGGGGGUGGCGGGAGCGGCGCGGCGGCUGCAGAUUGAUAAGAUGGCUGUUCCUGAGAAAGAUGCAGACCUGAGGCUCCAGCAGAACAAUCCAUCAGAGCCCAGCACUGGUCAGAAGAGCAAGUUCUUGGACAGUGAGUGGAAGACACCGAUGCUGUCCAUGAAGUGCCAGAGCCGUGUCAGCCGCUGUCCGAGCGUGGCCGAGAGUGCUGAUGGGGGCAUUGGCACCUCCUGCUCAGACAGCACUGAAGACUUUUGCAAUUCCAGUAGCGGUUCCUCAUUCCAUCCCAUCAGGAGCCAGGUGACCAUUCCAACAGCCCACGUUAUGCCUUCCACUCUGGGUGCCUCACCCUCCAAGCUGUGCCCUGCAGGGGACCAUGGCUGCUCCCAGGGCUCUUCAAAGCCAUCUGUGCCAGGCUGUGCCCCUGAGCGCCCAGGGCUCACCAGGAACGGGGACUUUAACCCCAGCAAGUCCUCUCAGGUGCCACCCAGGGAUCUCCUGCAUCUCUACGGGGCUUCAGGGCAAAAUGGCUGCGAGCACUCCUGGCCUCCUGCUGCUGAUCACACCAGGACAGAAGACACCUGGAAGUUUGACACCCCCGCCAUGGAGCGCACCCUUAACCAGUCUCUGUUUGUGGACAGUCUGUGCACUGACCCYCUGCACAGGUGCCAGAAGUUCAACCCAAGCUCUGAGGCAAGCAAGGACCAUUACAAGGUGCUGCCAGAGAGCAAACAGAGCCCRGGGGCCACCAGAGCCUGUGAGCCCCGGGAUGGGACGUGGCCCAGCGGGAGCAGGCUGAUGCCAGCAGGACUCCAGGCCAACAAUUUCUUUUCCAAACCUGUKGUAACUCCCCCAUCCCGAGCUUGGAUGCAGGAAGGCUGCACAUUACACCCUCACCAGGGUGUCUGUGAGCUCAGUGCCUGGAAACAGCAGCUGGACCAAGUGCGGAUGCAGGUGGAGCAGAUGCAGUUACAAAAUGGAGGCACCUGCCCCCAUUCCUCGAUGUAUUCCCCAUCCCUGCCUGCACCUGACCCAGCUCAGUGGAUCAAUAUCCUGAACUCCAAUGAAAACCUGCUCAAGGAGAAAGAGCUCCUCAUUGACAGACAAAGGCAGCACAUUUCCCAGCUGGAGCAGAAGGUCCGGGAGAGUGAACUGCAGGUUCACAGUGCCCUGCUGGGCUGCCCAGCAUCCUAUGGAGAUGUCUACAUGCUGAGGAUGCAGGAGCUGCAGCGAGAGAAUGCCUUCCUGAGAGCUCAGUUCACAGAGAAAACAGAAUCCCUCAGCAAGGAGAACAUUGAGCUGGAGAGGAAACUGGCUGCUGCAGAGGUGGAUGUGAAGCUGGUCCGGGAGUCGCUGAAGGAAACRAUGCUGAAACAGGCAGAGGAGUUAAAGAAACAGGAAGAAAGGGUAAAGGGAAGAGACAAACACAUUAACAACCUUAAAAAGAAAUGYCAGAAGGAAUCUGAACAAAACAGAGAGAGACAGCAGAGAAUCGAGACCCUGGAACGAUACCUGGCUGAUCUUCCAACCCUUGAGGACCACCAGAAACAGAGUCAGAAGCUGAAGGAAUUUGAACUGAAGGCUACAGCCCUGCAGGAAACAGUGCUGGCACUGGAAACAGAACUUGGAGAUGUCCAGGCUGCUUUCAGGGAGCAAGAGAUGCAGCUGGAAACCCAAAAACACAAGGAGAUGGAGCUUCUGUCCACUGUGCACAGCUUGCAGGACAAGUUGCAGCAGUAUGCAAAGAAUGCAGAGAGAGGACCCCCUGCCCAGGAUGGGGAGAGGCAGAAAAUGGAAUAUGACUCUCUGAAGAAAGAGUGUGACUGCCUCAGGAAGAUUGUGGACAAAAAGCAAAAGAAGAUGGAGCAGCUCUCAUUGCAAGUCAAGAACCUGGAAGAGCAGGUGGCUCAGGAAGAGGGGACAAGCCAAGCUCUGAAAGAGGAGGCGAUGAGAAGGGAAAACACUCUGCAGCAGCUCCGGACUGCUGUGAAAGAGCUGUCCGUGCAGAACCAGGACCUGAUCGAGAAGAACCUGACRCUGCAGGAGCAGCUCCGGCAGGCCCAGCUGACAGCCCAGCCCCUCCCUGCUGACACAGCCCGCCUGGCCCAGCAGCUGCACGGGGAGCUGGCCAGCUGCCUGCAGGAUUUACAGUCUGUCUACAGCAUUGUCACCCAGAGGGCUCAGGGCAAGGACCCCAACCUCUCUCUGCUCCUGGGCAUUCACUCUGUGCAGUACCCUGUGAAGGAGAARGAUGAUCUGCUGAGCCCUGAUGGACUGGCCAAGAAACUGGUGGAGGUAAAAGAGCUUCACAAAGAGGUGGAGGACUUAAGGACUGCAAUAUCUGACAGAUACGCUCAGGACAUGGGAGACAACUGCAUCACCCAGUAAAGAACACUCCCCAAAUCAAAUCCCAACAGAGCGAAGUAACCCGAAUCCUCGAUGGGAAGAACAUCAAAUACGAGCUGGU